AUGGCAGCUAGGGACCGGUACGGUUUCUAUGCUGACCUGGGCCUGUCGCCCGUUCAGCGGGGCGUCCGGAAUGCCUGCGAUCUUCAACACUACGAGCCCAACCUCGCCCUGAACCUCGAAGUUGCGGACCUCAUCAACUCCAAGAAAGGCAAUGCUCCUCGAGAAGCGGCAUUCGAGAUUGUCCAUCUGAUUAACUCGCGGAAUCAGAAUGUAGCGUUGUUGGCGUUGGCGCUCCUCGAUAUUUGCGUCAAGAAUUGCGGAUACCCCUUUCAGCUUCAGAUCAGUACAAAGGAGUUUCUGAAUGAGUUGGUGCGGAGGUUUCCCGAGAGGCCACCGAUGCGCCCCUCGAGGGUUCAGCAUCGCAUUCUGGAGUCGAUCGAGGAAUGGCGACAGACGAUUUGCCAGACAUCGAGGUACAAGGAGGACUUAGGGUUUAUUCGGGAUAUGCACCGUCUACUUCUCUACAAAGGCUACAUCUUUCCUGAAAUCCGCCAUGAAGAUGCCGCCGUCUUGAAUCCCAGCGAUAACCUUCGCUCGGCCGAGGAGAUGGAAGAGGAGGAGCGGGAGGCUCAGUCGGCCAAGCUGCAGGAGUUGAUUCGGAGGGGCACGCCCGCGGAUCUGCAAGAGGCCAAUCGGUUGAUGAAGGUCAUGGCUGGAUACGACAAUCGACACAAGACCGACUACCGGGCCAAGGCAGCGGAGGAGGUCGCCAAGGUGCAACAAAAGGCCAAGAUUCUGGAGGAGAUGUUGCAGAGUCACCAGCCAGGAGACCGGAUCGAGGGAGAUGUGUUCGAGGAACUUGCCAAUGCACUGCAAAGUGCUCACCCCAAGAUCCAGAAGAUGUGCGAAGAGGAGUCUGAGGAUCCGGAGGCCGUGCACAAGUUGUUGGAGAUUAAUGACAGCAUACAUCGUACUAUUGAACGGUACAAGCUGGUCAAGAAGGGCGAUUUGGAUGCUGCAUUGAGGAUUCCCAAGGGCACACUUGGCACUACAACCGGGGUUUCCAAGAACGCGAACAAUGAGCUGUCUCUGAUUGAUUUCGACCCGGAGCCCAGCUCUAAUGGAAAUGGGGCACCGGCACCGGUGGCUCAGGGAGGCAGUUCCUUGGAGAAUGACCUUCUGGGACUUUCAAUUGAUGAGCCUGCUCCAUUGGCUGGAGGGAUCUCGUUGGGAUCUGGUAUGUCUAGUGAACCGUCAAGUGAUGUGUUUACUAACGAUCUGACAGCUUCAACAACUCCCCCUGUGCGUCAGACCACUGCUGGGAUCAAGAACGAUAUCAUGGCAUCGUUUAACACGUCGCGACCUGUAUCACAAUCUACAACGCCUGCACCGGUCUUCACCCCGCCGCCUCAACAGCUUCAGAACACGGCCACACCACCCCCUGCGGAUCCGUUUGCCUCGCUGGUGACUGGGAGCUCACGGAACUCGAGUCCGUUCCCAGCACAGCAGGCGGCACCAGCAUCGUCGUCGUUGCUUGAUCUGGGCGGCAUUAGCGCACCGGGACAAACCGGACGAGGGGCUGUGGCCGCCGGCGACAAGACGGAAGAUGAUGAAUGGGAUUUCACGUCGUCGCUACCGGAGAGCAACAGCCUUCCAAGCAGCAACCGGGUGCAGGUGUUGAAUUCGGUGCUUCGGGUUGAAUUCGUCGCGCGACGACACCCUAGCCAGCCACGGCAGAUUCAUGUGGUGGCGUUAUUCUCGAACAUGGGGAACCAGGCGCUGAAGGAGCUACACUUUCAGGUUGCCGUUGAAAAGGCGUAUACGUUGCAGCUGCGGCCCCAGUCUGGGCGGGAUAUGACACCGAUGCAGAUGAACGGAGUGCAGCAGGAGAUGCUGCUGGAUGGCGUAGAGGGAGGCAAAGGCAACUCGGUGAAGAUUCGGUUCCGAGUGUCAUACCAAGUGGGAGCCGAGCGCAAGGAAGAGCAGGGGAUGGUGCCACCACUGGGGAUACUGUAG